AGCUGGUUUGGCUCACCCACGAUUGCGCCUGUCGACCACCGCGCAACUCCUCGGUGGCUCCAUACCGCUCACAUACAUCGACUCCUUUCGACGCUCGCCCACCAGUCUGCUGCCAGGAUGCUCGCCCGCGCCCUCGCCGUGUGGGCCCUCAUGGCCAGCGCCGUGCUCGCGUCCGCCGCAGCGUCCAGUGUUGCCCGUGACCCCGUCUGUGCGCCCGCGGGCAGGCAGGCUGACGAGGACGAUGUCGUGGACCUGGACACCCAGGCGGUGCAGCUCUCCGCCGAGCUGCUCUCCAGCAUGUCUUCGGAGAUGCUCAGCGGCCUGAGUGCGGAGGCGGUGCAGGCGCGUAUCAGCCUCUACCCAGACCAGGUCGGUGCGGUGUCUGGGGUGUCCAACGUCAAGGCCGCGAUGAGCGAGGAGGCAGUGCUGUCUGGGCUGGAGGAGGACUGGGACCGUGGCGACCUCGGCGUUCAAUCUGAUGCGCCUAUGGCACCGGGGGGUGAGGAUCGAGGAAGUGAGAACUGCAUUGGCAUGAACUGUCGACGCUCGGCGCAGGUUUCUUGGACCUGCGCUGGAACUCGUUGGCGGCGCCGCUGGCGCCGCCCCUGGCGCGCUCCGCGCGCCAGGGAUGGGGUUCGGCAAAGAUCCGAGAAAUUCGCGCGGACCUCCGAAAGUUUGUGUUUAUGUAGACUGCUCUUCUUCUAAAGGACGUCGUGAUUCGGGACAGAGCGGCGUCCGCGUGAGCGGGGAAGCCCUCGCACCAGGUGCUCGGCGAUUGCUCCCACUGCAGCAAGCUGCGCCACUCCGCCGACCGCGGGGGGUUGGGCUUGGCAGGCACAUUCUCUCUCCCGCCUUCGCACGUGGCUUUAGCUCCUUGUGGAGGGGGGGGCAUGGCGAGAUGUGCAGCUUUCCAUUUCACCCGCCAUCUCACCCGCUGCAAGCGGGGGGUUCGCGGAUCGUUAGUUUGCGGCAGAUCCAUGCAGUUUACCACUAUCUUUUUGGUGGCCAGACCGGAAGGGCUCGUUGGGGUUCCGACCGCGCUCUCGCCGCAGAGGCCGAUGUCUGACGACUCGAUCCACGAAACAAUAAUUUGGGGGGCGCGGUCCCGAUGAACUGACUUCAUGCGGGCCACUCGCGCCUGCUGGCCGCGCUCGCAUGCCGCAGUUUUUGCGCGGCCGUCAUCGCCGACGCGUGGACGCCAUCAUCGUCGCAACCGUGACGCGGCGCCGCCUUUAGCCUUACCGCCGUCAUAGUUGUCGUCGGC